AGGCCAUUCUUAGUUGCAGGCACAAAUUUUCAAAAGGGAUGAGUUUAAGAAUAGAAUGGAAGAAAAUCCAGUCUCAAGGAGUCUCAUUUGUCUACUACAGUGGUGAAUUUACAGGUGAUCUUCGAGGCCGAGCAGAGAUGCUGAAUACAGGAAUCCGUAUUAGAAAUGUGACUAGAAAGGAUUCCGGGACCUAUCGCUGUGAAAUGAGUGCAAAGAGUGAAGAGGGGCAACGCCUAGGAGAGGCUACUAUUACUCUCACAGUAUUGGUUGCUCCGAGUAUUCCAGUAUGUGAGGUACCCAGCUCUGCAAUGACAGGAACAGUAGUGGAACUGAGCUGUAAGGAGACUGAGGGAUCUCCUCCAUCUGAGUACCAGUGGUACAAGAAUGGUGUUGCCUUACUGGAAAAGACAGGAACAGGCAGUGCAAGAGCAGCAAACAUAACUUACACCAUGAAUAAAAAGUCUGGCACUCUGCUAUUUAACACAGUUUCAAAGAAUGACACUGGAGAGUACUUCUGUGAAGCCUCCAAUGGGAUUGGAUUAUCUCAGAAAUGCUCAGUGAAGCGCAUGCAAGUUGAUGACCUUAAUGUAAGUGGUAUCAUCGCUGCAGUAGUAUUUGUGGCUCUGGUAAUGGCAUUGUGUGGCCUUGGAGUAUUUUAUGCCCAAAAAAAGGGCUACUUUACAAAGGAAAGCUCUUCCCAAAAGACCAACUAUCAAUCUACGAGUGAAAAGGAUUUCAAGCAUACCAAGUCCUUUGUUAUUUAGAAGAUUUCAGCCUCUGUGAGGGACAUCUACUGACUACUUGUUAUACAAAAGUAUCAAAGGGAUCUUUUGACCUCUAGUCUGUAAAUAUUAUUUCCAUGUAUUACACGCUGAAAACAGAAACUGACAAUGUUAGAUCCCAUCGACCUCAGUGUAUGUGACUGGUUUUUAAAAAACCCCUUAACUUAAAGAUAUAACUAAAUUGAAUAUACAAGUCAAUUUGUGUUAAGAC